AGCGCCUCCGAUACGCCAGCACCACCUGAGGAUCCCGGAAGCCGUCCCCGCGAUGGAAGAGGACCAGGAGUUGGAGAGGAAAGCAAUUGAAGAACUGCUUAAAGAGGCAAAACGUGGGAAAACGAGAGCAGAAACUAUGGGACCUAUGGGUUGGAUGAAGUGUCCUCUCGCUGGUACAAAUAAGAGAUUUCUGAUUAACACAAUCAAGAACACGCUGCCAUCCCAUAAAGAGCAAGACCCUGAGCAAAAAGAGGGCAGCAAGGAACCCUCCAAAAGCCAGAGCCAGAAAGAAGAGAACCGGAAGCAGCACAGAGGCCACCCCUACAAGCCCAGCUUCCAGGCCCGGGGCGCUGGUGGCCACUCCCCGCACAGGAAGCGCGGUGGCCAGGAGAAGUAUGAGAAGCGCUCCACCAAGCGAUGAGGUGGCCGCAGCCUCCAGCGCUGUCUCCUCUGGGACUGGGGAGUACUGGGGGGAUGGGGAGAUGUGGGCGAGACUUUGAGGACAGGCCUUGAGCAAGCGCCCAGGAGUGACUUUCAUAGUCGGUCCUUGGCUGCGGUGACAAGGAAAUGAGUCCAAAGGGACUUGCUCGGAAGGUGUGGGAGCAAGUUUCAGCUCCUUCAUUCCCUCUUGUUUGGAAGUUGGUUUCAAAAUAAAUCUAAGACUAAAAGUUUUCAGACAUCGUUACGACUAGUUCCGACUUUUUUUUUUUUUUAUGUGUUACAAUUGUGAUCAUUUCUUAGUUUUCCUCAAAAAAAUAAAACCCUUGGAAAUCCUAUAUGUUAUCUUUUUGGAUGAUGAAGUUAGAAUUCAGAGGUCAUCUGGCCAGUAACCCACAGUCAGGAAAACAGGUUAGCCCUCCAAGGGCUAGAAAUUUACUAUGAAACUCUUUGUUUUGUUUUCCUAUAAGUGAGCAAUGUAGGAAAUUCUCAAACUGGCUUUGAAUUUAGUGUUCCAUAUCAAUAACCAGAGGUUGAAAAAUUGGCCCUGUUGUUUCCUAGUGCAUUCUCAAACUCACUCCUAUGGUAGAAUGACUUUUCUAUAUUUAAUUUUUGGGGGGAAUAUGUAAGUUUUAAGUGGUGCUUUUUAAAAAAAAAAAACCCUCAAAAGUUAAAAUUAACUGAAUUAUUUUAGUGCUAUGUCUUAUUUAGUUCCAGACUAUAAUACAACUAGUAUAGUUUCAGAAAUCUUAAUUUAAAAUAAAAGUGUGUUUACGCCUUUUUCUGUUUUGUUUUGUUUUGUUUUCCCCAAUAUGGAUGUGUCUCUGUUUUAAUGUACAAUUCCAAACCUUUCAAACCUGUAUUCUUCCUUUCAGACUCAGGAAAAUGUCACCAAGUACCCUCUUCCCCAGUCCACAAAAGGAAGAAGAAUCUGUCUCUCUGUCCCCCCCACCCCGCCCCACUUUUCCAAAGCAUCUAAGCUUAUGCCUGGCUGCUUCCAGAUAAUCACUCACCACAGCCUGCUCCCUGCUUCCUGGCAGCCAAGAAAAGUCCUUUCUCAAUGUUAGAAAAGAGCACAUCCGAAAAGUUAGCUUCGGGGUGUUUAUAAGAGAAACUAGAAUAGACCAAGGACUGGCUUUGCCCAUCAAGCCGCUGGCCACACCCUCAGUCUACUCAGCGCUAAAGCUCAGGAGGGACAAACCCCAGGGUUUCUCACUUGACCCACCGGCCUCCCCACCAAAGACCCCAGGGCCUCAUCCUAUGACUUUUCAACAACAUGGCAACACACUUUGCUUUCAAACAUACAAAAAGGAAUAAUUUGGUUCAUAGGACUUCAUCCAAAUCCAUUUAUGCAUUAGCUUACGCUGUUUGUGCUACAUUUGGAACGUUUUGUAUUUAAACACUAGAAAUAGCAUAGAGUCAUGAGUUUUUGAAAAUUCUUGUUAUAAUGAAGUAAAAUAAAGUUGGAUUGUAUCAAU